ACCAUAUACCCUAAACCCCAAUUGCUAAACUCUCACUCACAUUCUCAGACGACUCUACCAUUUUUCCGCGGAUUUCCCUUCCGACAACGAUCUAGCGACAUCGUCGUCAACCAGUGUUACAGAAUAAAAAGGAUGGCAACUCAACAAAAUGGAGAAGAAGAAGAUCAACAAGCCACACAAGCCCCAGCUGUUGGCUUGAGAGCAAUGUUGGAAGAACGGUACCGGAAAACCAAAGAGCAUGCAGAAACUUACCCUUACGUGUGGGCUUCAUAUAUUGUUGUAUAUGGUGGUUUUGGCCUAUGGCUUACCUACAGAUGGAGAAAGCUUCGCAAAACUGAGGACAGAGUACGGGUCCUUCAAGAGAGACUACGCAAGCUUGUUGAAGCUGAAGAGUCCAAAACCUCUGCCACAUCGGUUAAAAAGGCUCCACCAUCUGCCGAUAAACCGCCCGAAUAGUUAGGUUUGCUUGCUGCUAAUUCAAUUCAGCUUCUUUUACCCAUCAAUAUUGUGUCAAGUAUUACUUGAAAACAGAUUGCUUUUGCAUCGUCAAAUUGAAUGUGAGAAUCGAAGAAGCCUAAAAUCAUGAUAAUUU